AUGGCGAGUGGGUUUUGGGUGGUGAAGAUGACGGAUCGGGCCCACCUGAUCUCGGCCUAUAUUACCCCAUUUGGACUUUUCGAGUGGAAUCGGAUAUCUUUUGGGCUGAAGAAUGCGCCGCAGAUCUACAAGCGGAUGAUCGACAACGCCCUGUAUGGGUUCACCCGGAUUCCGAAACUGGCAGGUGAUCUGGAGCGUCUGGAUGUAUCCGAGGCCGGAGAACCUGAAGAUCUUCUGGAGGCGUGCGACAAAUGGAACUUGUCGAUCAGCGUUGUCAAUAGUUUCUGGGGCAUGCCCAACGUGGAAUAUCUCGGUCACAAGGUAUCGCACGAUGGACUGGAGGCGAAUCCGAAGGAUCUGUCGGCGUUGACGGAUCUCGGGGAGAUCGACUAUGCUGCGAUGGAGAAGGGCAUGAAUCGAAGCCGGAUCCAGCUAGCCCUAGCGUCGGAAUCCCCGGAUCCGGACAUGUCGACUAAGGAUCCGACGUGUCCGCAACGCGGAUCCGGAUCUGCGGGAUCCUUCAAGGUGCUAAAGGAGAAGAUCGCGAAGACGCCGAUCUUACGUCACUUCGAUCCGGAUCGGCAAGCUGUGGUAGUUGUAUAUGCCAGGGAUUGGGCGAUCUCCGGUGCAUUGAUGCAAGAGUAUGAUCAGAUCUACUAUCCAGUGAUGUUCGCGAGCCGUACGUUGAAAUCCAACGAAUUAAACUAUGGGAUCGCCGAGAAAGAAGUGUUAGUCUUGUUGCGGAUCCUGGAUCUCAACUAUAAUACUUUGGUCGCCUGGGACACGUUACGUUCACCCUGGAUCUUCGAGAUCGUCAAGUGUAACAAGGGCGAGGACGAGAUCCUGGGCACAUUAAUAGCCAGUAUCACUCCCAGAUCUGAAGUCGACAAAGCGCUGAUCUCGAUCGCCCCGAAGAAGGAGCCGAGACGCAAGCUCCAAGCCCCGAUCCCGACGGUGAGAUCGUAUGAGGAUAUGUAUGUUGCUAGCUUCGACGGAUCUGCCCGUGUCAAGCGAGGUGGAGGAACCUACAGCGCGAUCCUGUGGAAAUUACCUGAGUGGACUGUGGUGAAGGCCAGAUCCGGCUAUGUCGAGGGUUUAACUGUCAAUGAGGCCGAAUAG